AUGGAUGCUUCAAUGACCCCGGCUUCAGAGGCCACCACCUCACAAGCCUCGACUCCCGUUCCUAGCAACCACAACAGUCACACGAUAAACACGGCGUCAAAUCCGAGCGGUCCGAACCAUGGCAAACCACCGCGCCGUAUCCUCGCCUGUGAACUUUGCCAGCAUCGCAAGAUCAAAUGCGACAGACACUUCCCAUGCGCCAACUGCACCAAGGUCCGAACCAUGAGAAAAAUGAUGGACGACGAGGAUUCCUACGAGACGAGUCCGGAAAGCAUGACCCCCGACGAUAACGCCGAGAUGCUGCUCGGCGGCGACAGCCCGGAAGUCAACCUCGCCGACCUCUGGCCUGCCCCGGCCCAGAUACUUCCCCUGUGGCAAGUGUAUUUGGACAGGGUGAACCCAUUAACCAAGAUCAUCCACGUUCCGUCGGUGCAGCCUUACAUGGCGGCCGUCAUUACCGACUCGAAAUCACUGCCUAGGAACGUCGAGGCGCUCCUGUUCUCCAUCUUUGUCAUGGCGGUCGUGGCCAUGACGCCUGACGAGUGCAAAAGCCUCCUCGGGAUAGCAAGAGAGGAAGCACUCCAGAGAUACUCGUCGGGGGUCCGGUUAACCCUGGUCAGGGUGGGCUUUCUCAGGUCUCACGACAUGAUCAUCCUCCAGGCCCUCGCGCACAGAUAUCCCUCCAGGGACCGGUACGACCGGCAUGCCGUCUGGAUCCUGGGUGGCGUUGCCAUUCGCAUCGCCCAAAAGAUGGGCCUACACCGCGACGGCACCACCCUGGGUCUCUCCCCCUUCGAGUCCGAAAUGCGACGACGCGUCUGGUGGCAGAUCAUCAUGACCGACGCCAAAUACGCCAUGUUCUCCGGGCUCAGUCACAACUUGCUGCCAAGAAACAGCGACACGCAGUCCCCCUCGAACGUCAACGACGCCGACAUCUUCCCGACCUCGGAGGAGCCGUUCCAGGACCGCGAGGGCCCUACCGAGAUGAUCUUCUGCCUGAUAACAUACCGGUUUGCCAGGUUCCUCAUGGAGAUGCCCGGUUUCGAAGGAGUGGUCAUGAUACCCGAGGACGAGUCGGCGUUGACGGGCUCCAAGGCGGCGCCCACGGCAGAGCAGCUAGCAACGUACCGUAGGGGGGUAGCGCGGCUCCGUGAAGACCUUAAGGCGAUUCUUGACAAAUACUGCGACUCGUCGGCGGGGCCUGUGCACGAGAUGGCACUCGCCAUGAAACACCACCUCUUCCAGAAACUCGACGAACUGAUGACCCCUCCCAAGGAGCAGCUCGACUGGGGGGGCGAGGUGAAGUCGGCGUCGGACAACACCUUCAAGAUUGCCAUCGGCACGCUGGAGCACAACGAGGCCAACUACAACUCCACCACCAACCACGGCUUCGCGUGGUUCUCUCUCCUGCACUUCCAGCUCGACAUCUUCAUGUACAUGGCCGGGCAGCUCUGCCGGCGCACCGAGGGCACGCUGGUGGGCGGGUCGCUGGUGGAGCGCGCGUGGCGGCAGGUCGGCGUCGUCUACUCGUUCCACCCGGAGCUCUUCGACAUGACCAACAAGAACUACCUGACGCUGGCCGUCUACGUGCUGCAGGCCUGGAAGAUGCGCGAGCAGCUGCUGCUCGCCAAGACCGCCCAGCCGGUCCCGACUCCCUUCUACGUCGACAAGCUGCGCCUCUGCCUGCCCGACCUCGAGUGCAAGGCCGAGCCCCCCGAGAUCGCCACGCCCACCACCAUCCCCUUCGAUGCCCCCGAGUUUGCCCCCGGCCGAGCUCUCGAUUUUGGCCAUGGACCCGCAUGCAGUCGUCUGUGGCUCCCCUGCUGUAACGUCUCGGCCUCGAUGCGGGAGCCAGGAGCCGCAUAA